GUUGCAGCGUUGCAUGAACUCAAUUUAGCCGCGUGCGAAACAGAAAGUUUACACAAGUUCAAGCGAAAAGCCUUACGGAAAUACACUUACUUAGGAAACGGGCAACAAACAAGCAACAACAACCAACAAGCAGAAACAACGGCAACAACUUGAACUCGAAAAUAACCCAAAACGCAGUCGAAAUUGUUAAUUGAACUUUUAUUUAUUAACUUUUGGCAAAUCGGUGUCAAGCGCGGCCUAGAAAAAGAAAUAAAACGCAAACACAGGCGACCAAAAAACGCCCCAAACAAAUUCCAGGCACGUUGCAGACGUUAUUACGCAAACGGCGCUAUAAAACACACACCAGCAACUGCUGCUGCAACUACAACUACAACUAAAGCAACUAGCAACAGCAACAGCAACAGCAACAGCAACAGCAACAGCAACUAGCAACAUUGCCAACAGCAACAGCUGACGUUCGAUGAGCGUUUCAGUUUGGAUUACAGGCUAACCAGAUGCACAUCUUGGCCAAUCGGGUCUAUCCCAUGUAAGGUGCAGCUCCCGCAGCGAGCUUUUUCCCACUGAACUUGAAAGUGAAAGUGAACGAGAGAGAGAGAGAGUGAGAUAGCUAGAGAGAAAGAGAGCAGAGAAAUUGGGAAGAAAUUGCACUUGGCUUGGUCAGAAACAAAAGAGAGCAGAGCCAAAAAAAAGGGGAAAGAUAGCUUUUCGCUUUUGCUGGAGUGGCCAAAAACAUCUCAGAGCAUCAGCCAAGGUCGUUCGUUGGAGCCAUGAGCAGUCCCAUGGAUCAGGCGGAGCAGGUGUACGAGGUGAAGGCGCCACAUGCCGGCGCAGAGGGUCACACAUUCCUCGUGAGUCCCGUGGAUCCCACUCCGAUCCUAGCACCCAUUCUCACCGCUGUGCCCGUGAUGAAAGCGCCGGAAUCACCAGCUCCCAUCAUGGAGAAGACCCACGAGGUGGAGGAGCUGGAUGAUGAGCAGCCCAGCUGCAGUUCCCAGGCGGUGGUGCCACUGUCCUCAUCGCUACCCUGCAAGCUGCUCCGCAUGCAUGCCAGGCGCUCUGCCCAGGCCCUGCUCCACCAGAUGGAAUCGAUGGACUCGCAGCUGGGCAGCAGCAAUGGCAGCACCUCGGAGGAUACUUCACCCUCGGCUCCCCCCAUGUCGCCCACCGAUCAGCAACUGGUGGACGUGGGCAUGGGCUCCUCCAUUGGGGACUCGGACGAAUCUUCGGAGGAGGGCGAUGAGCUGAAGCCACUGGCCGUGGACAAUCACAUCAUAAACGAGGUGGACUUAACCGAGCGCCAGUCUACGCCACCGGCCGUCUUGAGUGAGGCCAAUUUGGAGAAGUUCCGCAAGCACCAGAUGGAUAACAUCUAUCUGCAUCCCAACUUCACCCUGGACGCUUCUCCGCCUCCCGCGGUCGCACCGGCCAACUCACCUGUGCUGGAGGCCAAGAGAACCCAUCGCUCGUUCCUCACCAUGAAGAAGGAGAAGGAGGUGGAGCAGCCACAGGAGAAGGAGCAGGAAGUGCAGAUGCACCAGGAGCCGGAUACCGAACACCAAGGACCCAAUGAGAUAGAUACUCUCGAUCCCUCACUCAUUCCCAGCGAGGAACUGGCGGCCGAAAUCACCGAAGCCGUGGAGUUCUACUUCUCCAACGAGAGCAUCCUGAAGGAUGCAUUCCUGCUGAAGCAUGUGCGUCGCAACAAGGAGGGUUUCGUGAGCCUCAAAUUGGUGUCCAGCUUCAAGAGGGUGCGCCAGUUGACCAGGGAGUGGAAGGUGGUUGGAGAUGCAGUGCGUCGCAAGUCGCGCAAAAUCGAGCUGAAUGAUGUGGGCACCAAGGUGCGCAGAAUCGAGCCGCUGCCCAGCUUCGAUGAAACCAUGCCCUCUCGCACGAUUGUGGCCUGUGAUCUGCCACUGGACAAGUUAACCAUCGAAAAGGUAUCGGAUCUGUUCUCACCCUGCGGCGAGAUUGCCCUCAUACGCAUCCUCAAGCCGGGCAUGGCCAUUCCCGUGGAUGUGCGCCAGUUCAUGAACAAGUAUCCGGAACUGCAGCAAAAGGAGUGCGCUCUCGUCGAGUACCUGGAGUCCUCCUCCGCCAGGGAUGCCCGUCAUCUGAGCGGUCCCUUCCAGGUCUACGAGAUGGUGGCGCCCAAGAAGAAAACUGGCAAGAAGGCAGCCGUCAUCCAGAUCGCCGCUCCGGUGGCCCGCAUGGUGGAGAACUAUCGCUACUACAACGAUGCCAACUACGAGAGGAGUCGCGGUGGCAGCUUCUCUGGCCACGAAACAGUUCCCGAUCUGCGCUUCAAACUCAAGCGCAACAACUCGGACUUCCAGCCCAGCUACUACCAACAGACGGGGCCCAGCUACCAUGCCAAUCCGUAUCAGCAUUAUCAGCCCCGUGGUAGCAUCGGCAGCCAGAACCAGGAGAUGGGUCCCAACGGUUUUUUCGGCUAUGGUCCCAGGCGAUACAGCAACACAUCGACGAUUUCGGCCAACACAGCGGCCGCCUUGGGCGAUGUUUCGCCUAUAUCUUCUGCUGCCAAUUCAGGCGCUAAUCCGAUGGUGUCUGGUAUGAGCAAUCUGCAGCGCCGCCUGUCCAACUGCUCCGAGCAGAACUACACACCCGAAGCCAAUCCAUCGAUGUCGCGAAGGGCCAGCAAUUGCUCGGAAACGGGCGGAGUUCCCCAGCGACGUGACUCGAACUGCUCGGAGAGCUGUCCCUGCUCCAGAAGGGUCUCGGACUUUGGUCAGACCACGGAGACCAGCUACCGAAAGACCUCGGUGUGCUCCAAUGGCAGUUGCCCGGGCAACAAUCAGAACCAGGAGCGUCGCUUCUCGAACGGAUCCAUGCAGUUCGAGCGAACCUUCUCGAAUGCCAGCGAGAGCAGUGGCUUCUAUCGUCGUCCUUCGAACGAUUUCAACAUCGAGCGUGAGUCCAUCCAAACCGAUCAGCUGGUGGGUGGAGGAGGAGGUGGCUACCAGGUGUGGCCACGUCGUUAUUCCAACAACUUCCAGCAGCUGAGCAGCAAGCUGGCGGCAUAUGACAAUGCCCAGUAUAUUGGUGGCAGACGCAUAUCCACGGAUUCGGGUUACGAUCGUCGCUGCUCCUUCGGAUCGGAAGGCUUUGAUGGAUCACCACGAUCUCGCACCGGCAGUUUCCUGAGCAACUAUAAGCACGGCGGUGGCGGUGGCGAUGGCUACGAUGGCCAACCGAGAUCACGAACCGGCAGCUUCCUGGACGGAUCGCCACGGUCGCGUUCCGGAUCGUUUGCCCAGCGCGCUGCCGAGAGCCUGGUACGCACUCCCAUGGGUCCAGAUGGUAGCAAGGGAUUCGGCCAGAGGGCCAGGAAAUUCGGACAGGCCAUAUCGCCCGUGAACUAAUAUGGGGGGGCAUAUUGUUGAUUAAUUUUAGUGGGAGGAUGGAAGGAACUCUGUUAUAGAACUCCGUUUUUAGAACGGCUAAUCGUAUGUGAAAUUAAUGGCUGUACACUGUGAUGCUGUUCAACUUGUUAAACGUCCCACACAUACACCAUUAUACACCCCCCCAACACUCCCAACACCCCCGAACACCGUAGCCCAACCUAGGUUAGGAACAGAUACCUAUAGUUAACGAAUUUUUAUCACCGAACUUUCCGAGGGGUUUCGUUGGAUCACGAGGAACUCUGCCAGCCCUUGAUAUUAUUUUUUUACACCUUUCUUAUAUAUGAAACAUAACAUAACAAUCACUGCCAAUAGCUUAAGGAAUGCAACACAGAGAUAUAAUUGGUUUGGUAGACACUUAGGAUUAUACGUAACAUAAUCAAUACAUAUGAUUGACCAUUAACCAGUUGAUAGAAUGUAGCUAGUAUAUAAGCUUGUGUUUGAGAAACUAUAGAAUAGAAUACGGGCCCAACUAUACUCACCUGACUUCUAUACGAGUAUAUGCCUAGAAAUAUCCUCACGAGUUCACAAAAUAUUCCUGGCGACUUGUAUGCAGAUUAUAGUAUUCUUUUAUAGCCUAUAAACAUUUUUAUUUAGCUUGCAACUAGGUUAGAUAUAGGAUUGUCACACACCCAUAACUCAAACGGCUGCCAUAAAAAUCAGUUAUAGAAUUGCGGCCAUACUAAACCAGAUGUGAGUAAUACGGAUGUAAUUCGGAUUGGAACGAAGAAAAAUUUAAUUAGAUUCUCAGGUCAUUAGGUUUAACAUUCGAGGGGCAGGCAAAGGUGAUUUCCACAUUUUCCACCCAAACCACUCGCAAUUUUCGCACCCUUUUGCUUUUUCUUUUAUUUGUUUUUAUUUCCACACUUUUAUUAGUAAUAAUUAAUAAUUGCAUAUUUAGAUGUAGGAAACUUGGUUGUCCUCCGCCGAAUGAAAGAAAAACGGAGGAAACAGCAAAACGGAUUAUUACAGGAGAGAAUAAAAAUAUUUUUCAUUUUUAGCUUUUAAUUUCGAUUUCUUACAGAUGCAUUGGUCUGUAGAUGCAAUAAAUUAUAUUAUGCGUGUUAACCACAA